CUCUGACAUAUUGUUAACUCUGAGGUCCUUAGUGGGUGCCAGAACCAUGCUGAGCUCUUUUUGGAUCUGCUAGCGUGAUUUGGGGAUGGGUCUGUGUUCGGAGCCCUGCCAUUGGUACAGAACCAAGCAUGUCUCUUUAUAGUCAUCUCUUUUGUAUUCUAGCAUCUCUUUUCUUCCUAGUAUUUGGAAUAUCUGAUGCACAAAAGGAUGUACUCUGGCUAGCUUCAGCUUCUGCUAGUUAAGUUCCGGGUUAGAGAGGGAGAGAAAAAGGAAAAAAAAUGGGAUCUGGCAAUGGAAUAGUUCAGUUUGGAUGCAAAGUGGCUGGUCGAUCCUAAGCAACUUCUUUUAGGGCCUAAGAUUGGAGAGGGUGCGCGUGCCAAAGUGUACAAAGGACAAUAGAAAAAUCAGACUGUGGCUAUUAAAGUUGUACAUAGAGGGAACACCCCAGAAAAGAUUGCCAAGAGAGAAGCACGGUUUGCUAGAGAGGUUGCAAUGUUAUCCAGAGUUCAACACAAGAAUCUAGUGAAGUUUAUUGGGGCUUGCAUGGAUCCUGUCAUGGUGAUAGUGACCGAGCUUCUAUUGGGUGGGACAUUGCGCAAGUACUUGCUGAGCCUGAAUAUGCGGCCAAGGUGCUUGGAUAUGCAUGUGGUGGUUGGGUUUGCACUUGAUAUUGUUCGUGCAAUGGAAUGCUUACACUCCCAUCGGAUCAUUCACCGAGAUCUGAAACCUGGAUGGUUGUUAAAGAGGAACAAGAAGGAGAAAUUAGAACAAGAGAAUUAAGAUAGUAUAUUGGCAGUAUUCAACAUGGAGUCCAACUUUCAAAUCAAUUACAGAGAUAUGCUUGAAGAUCUCAAAAUUUCAUAUGUUUGCACUAAAAAGGAACAAAUUGAGGCCAAUGUAAUUCGAGGAACUCUUUUUCUCGUAUUAGCUACUCUAUGAUAGACAUUGGUGUACAUGAAGAAACUGGUUGACUCUUAUCUGUGUGAUGUCUAAAGGCAUGAAAAUGUAUAUUUUCAAUUAGCGUUAAAAGUAGACUCAAAGUUUGGUUUGGAUAUUGGGAUCUAGUGGGAGUCUUCUCGUUGUGUGGUAGAAUAAGACUAGGAUCAUUGAAGGCAUAGCUUGGUGUUUGUCCUAGUUCAUAUUUCCUUCCUUGUUGCUGGAUCUCACAUCUUAUCUUCUUUGGUGGGCUGUUUCUUAAAAGAAAGUCUCAUGUCUCCCAGUUGGUUUAGGAUAACAUUGCAUCUGUCAAAUUCAGUUCCUUGUCUCAUUAUUUAGU